GCACACUCUGGAUCAAGCAGCAUCAAUCAAGGUUGGGGCUUUAUGAAAGGAACGCACACACAGCAGCUUUACACUUCUGUUUGACCAAGGAACCAUGGCCACUAAAGUGGAUGUUAGGAUGAGCAGGCAACAGGACAACCUGGCUGGAGCAAGAGAACAUGCCUUGGCAGUGACCAGAGACUAUAUCAACCAGCCCCGAAUCACCUACAGAACAGUAUGUGCCGUGAAUGGGCCCCUAGUGGUUCUGGAUAAUGUUAAGUUCCCCAGAUUUGCAGAAAUUGUAAAUUUCACUCUUCCAAAUGGGAUCCAAAGGAGUGGACAGGUGCUUGAAGUUUCUGGAUCCAAAGCCAUUGUUCAGGUGUUUGAAGGGACAUCUGGAAUUGACGCCAAACAGACCACCUGCGAGUUCACCGGGGACAUCCUACGCACCCCAGUAUCCGAGGACAUGCUGGGGCGAAUUUUCAAUGGAUCUGGAAAGCCAAUCGACAAGGGCCCCACUGUACUGGCAGAGGACUUUUUGGAUAUCAAUGGGCAACCUAUCAACCCAGAGAUGCGCAUUUAUCCAGAGGAAAUGAUUCAGACAGGCAUCUCACCCAUUGAUGGCAUGAACAGCAUUGCUCGUGGCCAGAAAAUCCCUAUCUUCUCUGCUGCAGGCCUGCCACAUAAUGAGAUUGCAGCUCAAAUCUGCAGACAGGCUGGUUUGGUUAAACAGCAUAAGAGCGUAGGCGACUUUCAUGAGGACAACUUUGCUAUCGUCUUUGCGGCAAUGGGAGUCAACAUGGAAACUGCCAGAUUUUUUAAAUCAGACUUUGAGGAGAAUGGUACCAUGGACAACGUGUGUCUCUUUCUCAAUCUUGCCAAUGACCCCACCAUUGAACGCAUUAUCACUCCACGCCUGGCACUCACCACAGCUGAAUUUCUGGCCUACCAAUGCGAGAAGCAUGUGCUGGUCAUCUUGACAGAUAUGAGUUCAUAUGCAGAGGCCUUGCGAGAGGUGUCUGCGGCUCGAGAGGAGGUACCUGGACGGCGUGGUUUCCCAGGCUACAUGUAUACUGACCUGGCCACCAUUUAUGAGCGAGCAGGCCGAGUUGAGGGCAGAAACGGCUCCAUUACACAGAUCCCUAUCCUUACCAUGCCAAAUGAUGAUAUCACCCAUCCCAUUCCAGACUUGACAGGAUUCAUCACUGAGGGACAGAUCUAUGUGGACCGGCAGCUACACAACAGGCAGAUCUAUCCUCCAAUCAAUGUGCUUCCUUCACUCUCUCGACUUAUGAAAUCUGCAAUUGGUGAAGAAAUGACACGAAAGGACCAUGCUGAUGUCUCCAACCAAUUGUAUGCUUGCUAUGCCAGCAAAGAUGUCCAAGCCAUGAAGGCUGUAGUUGGUGAAGAAGCACUGUCCUCAGAUGAUCUUCUUUAUUUGGAGUUUCUACAGAAGUUUGAGAGGCAAUUCAUUACUCAAGGAGCGUAUGAGAAUCGCACAGUUUUUGACACCCUGGAUAUUGGCUGGCAGCUCCUACGCAUUUUCCCCAAAGAAAUGCUGAAAAGAAUUCCGGAGGCUAUGCUGAAAGAAUUUUAUUCUCGGGAUACAAAAACUUCUGAAGAGUAGAGAGAGGAUUCUGAAAGACAAGAUCUGAAAAUGGUGUCAAAAUCCUAAAUUGCAGAUAAUAUUUUGCAAAAGUCAAAAAUGUUUGAUGUCUUCAGAACACUCUGAAAUUAAUGUUGCCAACUUCAGUUUUGUCACCUUGCCUUUUUAAAAUUAUAAUUGAGCUUGUUUUGCAUUGUGUGUCAGUACCAACAAUAAUCCUUUAAUUUAUGUAUAAAACUUAUUGACCUAGUUUAUGUGAUAAUUUAACUUCCUUCUGUAGUUUAAUAAACCUAUG